GAGCUGACUCUGGGCCCUGUUGUGCAGCCUGUUGCUGAGGCCUGCCAUCGCCCCGCUCAGCAGGAGAUCCCCAUUUUUUGAGUAACUUCUUAGCUUGGGGACAUAUGUGCGCAUGAAGGAGGACUGCAGCCAUUUGGGCUUUCGAAUCAGGGAAGGUGGUGAGGGGAAAGGAUGUAAUGGUUUCUGAGGCGAAGAUAGACAUUCAGUUGUAAGACUUGUUGCUAGAACUUCCUGUUUUGAUUUGCAUAAGAGACGGGGGGCGGGUGUAUUUAUGGUUUAAUGAGACACUGCCGCCUUAAUAGAGCAUUAUUCACAGGAAGAAAUGAGUUAUUGCUGGCUUUCUUCUUUCUGUUCAGUUACUGUGGAUACAGCAUGUAAGUUUUAGACAUACUUCCCUCUUGAACAGUAUACAUAGCUUUCAUUUGUUACGCUGAAGCAGAGGUUGAAGGAUCACAGUUUUUAACGAGCAAUUUGUUUGCUGCUUGAAUUCCUACCGAUACAAUGAGCUUUCGAGGGAGAGUUUUCAGAAGGGAGCCCAGUGAACUGCGGAAGAAGAGAAAGACCAUGAGGCGAGUGAACCGAGGAGAAAUUCACAGACUGAGCUGCCAGGAAAAACCCAAACUCUUGGAGCCUUUGGAUUAUGAAGCUGUCAUCACAGAAAUUGAAAAAAAUAUUGGGGAUAGCCUGUUUAAAGAUCUGAUAUUGUUCCCCGAUGAUGACUUUUCAACAGACACAAUUUCACUGGAAAUCAGGACGCUGUACCCUUCUGUACCUGAAGAUGCAGAACAAAAAGCAGAAAGUUUAUUUGUUAAAGAGGCUUGUAAAUAUUACAAUUCCCAGUGGCACGUUGUGAACUACAAGUAUGAACAGUAUUCAGAAGACUUUCGACACUUACCACAAAAUGAAUGUAGACCAGAGAAACUGCCAUCACAUUCCUUUGAAAUUGAUCAUGAAGAUGUGGAUAAGGAUGAAGAUACAACAUCCCACUCAUCUUCAAAAGGUGGUGGAGGAGGAGGAGGAGGACUAGCAGCAGGAGUUUUCAAGUCUGGAUGGCUUUAUAAAGGGAAUUUUAACAGCACUGUAAACAAUAGCAUUACUGUUCGGUCAUUCAAAAAGCGCUACUUCCAGCUGACACAGUUGUCAGAUAACUCAUAUAUUAUGAAUUUUUACAAAGAUGAAAAAAUAUCAAAGGAGCCAAAGGGAUGUAUUUUCUUGGAUUCUUGCACAGGAGUCGUACAGAAUAACAGGCUUAGGAAACACGCCUUUGAGCUAAAAAUGAAUGACCUUACAUACUUUGUGCUGGCAGCUGAAAACGAGCAGGAUAUGGAUGACUGGAUUUUCACUCUCAACAAAAUCCUGCAAAUAAAUCCAGAGGGGACCAUUCAGGAGAGGAAAAGUGCAGACCUCACUGAUCUGAAACUUGACCCUGGAGAAGCUUCGGUGAAUGAUGAUUGCUCUCAAGAAGAGACCGACUCUUCAGAGAACAUGUUGCACCCAGACUUUGCAAAAUACAUCACAGAAACAGAAGAAACAGUGAAAGCCUCUCGAAAUACAGAGCGACUAAAUCUUUUCUCCUUGGAUCCUGAUAUAGCAUUGUUGAAUCCUCAGAAAAAGGAGUUUCCAGGGACCAACUCAGCAAUCAAGCCAUUUGAAGAAAAACCUGCAAAGAGGAUCCUGAUAACUUGCAAGUCCCUCAGUUUGAAUCUCCAGGCCUGUGUUACUGAAAAUGAAAAUGAUCCUUCAACCAAUGUAGAGCCUUUCUUUGUGAGUGUGGCACUGUAUGACGUCAGGGAUGGCAGGAAGAUCUCUGCUGAUUUUCAUGUAGAUUUGAACCAUACUCUCGUUAGACAGAUGAUUUCAGGUUCUUCAUUUUCAUUAGAAAAUGGCACUGUUGAAAAUAUAGAUUCAAAUGAGAUGGAAGAACCAAAAGUCAAGGGGUUCCCAGAAGAAUGGCUGAAGUAUCCAAAACAGGCUCUUUUCUCCAUAAGUAAUCCUCACUCUGAGAUUGUAUUAGUAGCAAAAAUAGAGAAGGUGCUCACAGGAAACAUUGCCAGCAGUGCUGAACCUUACAUUAAGAAUCCUGAUUCUUUUAAGUGUGCACAGAAAGUGUUAAAAUCAAAUAAACAGUUCUGCAGCAAGCUGGGGAAAUACCGCAUGCCAUUUGCUUGGUCAGUGAGACCAGUGUUCAGAGAUAAUCAGGGAAAUGUUGACAGAGACUCACGAUUCUCACCUUUAUUCAGGCAAGAAAGUAAUAAGAUUUCCAUGGAAGAUUUGAUUAAGCUAAUAGCAGAAUACAGAAGAGCAGAGAAGAUUAGCAAAAUACAGACCAUACCUGGCAGUUUGGAGAUCGCAGUUGAUUGUGUUCCUUUGGAACAUCCAAACUGUGUAACUUCAUCUUUUAUUCCAAUCAAGCCAUUUAAUGACAUAAAGGAACAUCAACCUACAGUGGAAGUUGAGGAGUUUGUACAGGAAUCAACAAAAUAUUCUCGGCCUUACAGAGUAUACAAGAACCAAAUAUACAUAUAUCCAAAACACCUCAAGUACGACAGCCAAAAAUACUUCAGCAAGGCACGGAAUAUAACAGUGUGCAUUGAAUUUAAAAGCUCUGAUGAAGAAGGAGCGAAGCCACUGAAGUGCAUUUAUGGGAAGCCAGGUGGACCAUUAUUUACAACAGCAGCCUACACCGCUGUGCUACAUCAUUCCCAGAAUCCUGAUUUCUGUGAUGAGGUGAAAAUUGAACUUCCCACUCAACUCCAUAAGAAACACCACAUUCUGUUUUCAUUUUAUCAUGUCACCUGUGACAUAAAUGCAAAAGCUAAUGCCAAAAAGAAAGAGGCUCUGGAAACACCAGUGGGAUACGCGUGGCUUCCUUUGUUGAAAGAUGCCCAGCUAGCUUCACAGGAACACAACGUGCCAGUAGCAAGCAGUCUGCCUCCCAAUUACUUAAGCCUUCAAGAACCUACAAGUGGCAAGCAGAUCGGCUGUGAUGUAAAAUGGGUAGAUAGUGGGAAGCCACUUUUCAAAGUGUCUACUUUUGUUGUAUCGACAGUAAAUACUCAGGAUCCAUACCUGAAUAACUUUUUCCAUCAGUGCCAAGAAAGGGAAAAGGAUUUCUCUCAGCCUCCUACCCCAAACUUUGUCAAUUCUUGUAAGAAUUUGCUGAGGAUAGAGAAGAUCCAUGUAAUUAUGAACUUUCUUCCCAUAGUCCUGAAUCAACUGUUCUGGGUUUUGGUGCAAAACAGUGAUGAUGAAGUUACAACAGCUGUGACCAGGGUUCUUACUAACAUUGUUGCUAAGUGCCAUGAAGAACAACUAGACAACUGCAUCAAUUCUUAUGUGACGUAUGUGUUCAGGACCAAAUCAUUUGAGGAGAGAACUGUUCAUGAGGAGCUGGCCAAGAACAUGACUGGUCUUCUGAAGUUAAAUGACCAAGUAACCGUGAAACAGGUUUUAAAGCACUCUUGGUUCUUCUUUGCAGUUAUCUUAAAAUCAAUGGCACAGCACUUAGUUGAUACAAAUAAAACAAAAGUUUCUCGAACUCAGAGGUUUCCAGAAUCGUUUCAAACUGAGCUGGAUACACUUGUGAUGGUCUUGGCAGACCAUGUUGUUUGGAAGCACAAAGAUGCUCUUGAAGAAACCAGGAAUGCAAACUACAGCACUGCCAAGUUCCUCAAGCGCUGCUUUACGUUUAUGGACCGUGGAUUUGUUUUCAAGAUGGUCAACAAUUAUAUAAGUAUGUUUGGAACAGGAGAUAGCAAGACUUUACAUCAGUUCAAAUUUGACUUUCUCCAAGAAGUCUGUCACCAUGAACACUUUAUCCCUCUGUGCCUGCCCAUACGGUCUUCAAACAUUCCUGACCCUGUGACACCUUCAGAAUCAACCCAGGACUAUCGAACAUCAGAUAUUCCAGAGUACACAUUGACCAAUGAAUUUUGCCGUAAACAUUUCUUAAUUGGAGUACUGCUGCGGGAGGUUGGUUUUGCCUUGCAAGAAGACCAGGAUAUUAGGCACCUAGCUUUGGCUGUGCUUAAAAACUUAAUGGCAAAGCAUUCGUUUGAUGAUCGAUACACAGAGCCGGCAAAACAAGCACAAAUAGCAAACCUGUACAUGCCACUCUAUGGAAUGCUUUUGGACAAUAUGCCAAGGAUUUACAUGAAGGAUAUGUUCCUUUUCAAUAUCAACACUUCCAAUCAGGGAUCUAGGGAUGAUUUGAGUACAGCUGGAGGAUUUCAGAGCCAGACUGCGAUGAAACAUGCAAACUCCGUGGACACUUCUUUUUCCAAAGAUGUUUUGAACUCCAUAGCAGCCUUUUCAUCAAUAGCUAUCUCUGCAGCAAACCAUGCUGACUCCAGAGCUUCCUUAGCAAGUCUUGAAUCUAACCCAAGUACCAAUGAAAAAAACAGUGAGAGAACUGACACGUGUGAAAAGAUCAUGAGACCUUUGUCUUUGAUUGGAUCAACCCUUCGUUUUGACAAGUUGGAUCAAGCUGAAACUAGAAGCCUUCUUAUGUGUUUCCUUCACAUUAUGAAAACCAUUUCAGAAGAUGCACUGAUUUCAUACUGGUUGCGAGCACCAUUCUCAGAAAUAACAGACUUUUUCAGCAUUUUAGAGGUUUGUCUUCAAAAUUUCAGGUAUCUAGGAAAACGCAAUAUUGUAAGGAAAAUUGCUGCUGCUUUUAAGUUUGUUCAGGCCACCCAGAAUAAUGGCACCCUGAAAGGUUCAAACUCCUCUGGCCAGACAUCAGGUCUGCUCUCGCAAUGGAUGCAUUCUACUUCUAGUCAUGAUGGCCACAAACAUCACAGAUCUCAGACGUUACCAAUAAUCCGUGGCAAAAAUGCGCUUUCUAACCCAAAACUCUUGCAGAUGAUAGACAGCAGCACUGCAAGCAGCUCCAAUGAAACGGAUAUUGUACAGUAUGUAGACACAGAGGCAAACAUUGCUACAGAAGUUUCCCUCACAAUUCUUGACCUGUUGUGUCUUUACACUCUGAACCACCAGAGGCAGCUCCAGCAAUCUGAUUGCCAGAACGCAUUGAUGAAGAAAGUCUUUGACACACACAUGCUCUUUUUGCAAAUCAACCAGUCAGCAGCAGCUCUCAAGCAUGUCUUUGCUGCCCUACGGCUGUUUGUAGGCAAGUUCCCAUCAGCAUUCUUCCAAGGACAAGCAGAUCUCUGUGGUUCCCUCUGCUAUGAAAUCUUGAAGUGUUGUAACCAUAGGUCACGUUCAACUCAGACAGAGGCGUCUGCUCUUCUUUAUUUUUUCAUGAGAAAGAACUUUGAAUUUAAUAAACAGAAAUCAAUAGUCAGAUCCCAUCUACAGCUCAUCAAAGCAGUGAGUCAGCUGAUAGCAGAUGCAGGGAUUGGUGGAUCCCGGUUUCAACAUUCACUUGCAAUUAUAAAUAAUUUUGCUAAUGGAGACAAGCAGAUGAAAAACGUUAAUUUCCCAGCAGAGGUGAAGGAUCUGACCAAACGCAUCAGAACAGUUUUGAUGGCUACAGCUCAGAUGAAGGAACAUGAGAAAGACCCUGAGAUGCUUGUGGAUCUGCAGUACAGCCUAGCAAACUCAUAUGCCAGCACACCUGAAUUACGUAGGACCUGGCUUGAAAGCAUGGCCAAGAUUCACGCAAGAAAUGGAGAUUUAUCAGAGGCUGCUAUGUGCUAUAUCCAUAUCGCUGCUCUCAUUGCAGAGUACCUAAAAAGAAAGGGUUACUGGAAAAUGGAAAAGAUUUGUACCUCACGUAUGCUCCUGGAGGAUGGUCAAGUCUGUGAUAGUAAUGUGUUACUAACAACUCACACUGGAGGAAGUUUAUUUUCCAUGGGAUGGCCUGCUUUUCUAAGCAUUACCCCCAACAUUAAAGAAGAAGGUGCUAUGAAGGAAGACUCUGGGAUGCAAGAUACUCCCUAUAAUGAGAACAUUCUGGUGGAGCAGCUGGAGUUGUGUGUUGAAUAUCUGUGGAAGUCUGAGAGAUAUGAGCUCAUUGCAGAGGUUAACAAGCCCAUCAUUGCUGUUUUUGAGAAGCAGAGGGACUUUAAAAGGCUGUCUGAUUUGUACUAUGACAUCCACCGCUCAUACCUGAAGGUUGCGGAAGUAGUGAACUCUGAGAAACGCCUGUUUGGGAGAUACUACCGUGUUGCAUUUUAUGGGCAGGCUGUGGGUUUUUUUGAAGAAGAGGAAGGAAAAGAAUAUAUCUAUAAAGAACCCAAAUUAACUGGCUUGUCUGAGAUCUCUCAGAGGCUGCUCAAACUGUAUGCGGACAAAUUUGGAAUAGAUAACGUGAAGAUCAUCCAGGAUUCCAACAAGGUCAACCCCAAAGACCUGGAUCCAAAAUAUGCCUAUAUUCAGGUCACGUAUGUCACACCUUUUUUUGAUGAGAAAGAAGCUGAAGAUCGAAAGACCGACUUCGAAAUGCAUCACAACAUCAACCGCUUUGUGUUUGAAACGCCUUUCACACUCUCAGGAAAAAAGCACGGAGGCGUGGAAGAGCAGUGCAAGAGGCGCACAAUCCUGACAACCAGUCACUUGUUUCCCUACGUGAAGAAGCGUAUUCAAGUCAUAAGCCAAACAAGCACAGAGUUGAACCCUAUCGAAGUAGCGAUUGAUGAGAUGUCCAAAAAGGUCUCAGAGCUCAAUCAGCUUUGCACAAUGGAAGAAGUGGACAUGAUUCGACUGCAGCUCAAACUCCAAGGAAGUGUCAGUGUCAAGGUAAAUGCUGGACCAAUGGCCUAUGCUCGAGCUUUUCUGGAAGAAACAAAUGCGAAGAGAUAUCCUGAUAACCAAGUUAAGCUUCUGAAGGAAAUCUUCAGGCAAUUUGCAGAUGCAUGUGGGCACGCUCUUGAUGUCAACGAACGCCUUAUUAAGGAGGACCAAUUUGAAUAUCAGGGAGAAAUGAAGUCUCAUUAUAAGGAUAUGCUCAGCGAACUCUCUGCAGUUAUGAAUGAACAGAUUGCAUACAAGGAGGAUUCAGCAAAACAGCAAGGAAUGGAGCGCACAUAUUCACGAGUCAUCAAUAGAACCAGCUCGUCUGUGCCAGCAGCAACCACUCCAUCAAAUCCUGAUGCUUGACUGAGGCAUGGGGAACGUGCAGCCUUGGAAAGACCUGUUUUUUUGUUGUCGUUUUGUCUUGUUUUCCUUUUAGUUUAAUAGUACUGAAAAAUAAUUUGACCACGGACAAUACCAGGAAAAGGAUUUGUGGGUUACGAUUUUAAUUUAUUGGAAGUCUUCACAGUGAUAUUUUUUAAAACUGCAAGCUUGAUUUUUUUUAUUAUUUUUAUUUUUGCCUGCCCCCAAAUUUGCACAUUCCCUGUGUUUUUGUUGUUGUCGAUUUUUGGUUUUGAGCAGUCUUUAUUAAGUCAGGCUGAUUACAAGGUUUCCAUUGAACAGAUAGCUACACAGCAAGCCCUAAGUUUGUUAUAAAUUAUAAUAUAUCUAAUACCAAGUCCUAGUAUACAUAUAUUUUAAAAGUCAGAGUGGAUGUUUUAUAACAUUUAAGUAUAUUGCAAUUGUAAAUAGAAGAUGUGUAAAAUAUGUCAUUUUUACAAAAUUUAAAAAAAACUUUUUAGUUAAUUAUGACAGUACUAAGAAUAUGGAUAACAUUUCAGUUACCAUUAUAUUAAAAUAUUUGUGUAUGUGUAUAAAAGCGUCCAUAAAAUCUUCUCUUUGAAGGCCUGUGUGUUGGUUCAUUCCCAUGUCAGCGAUUUCCAGAGGUGUGGAGAUCAGGAUGUCCCUUGCAUCCCAUCGGUCUGUUGUGUUACGGUUGCAGAUGAGGGACAUUUAUGACCACAUACAGAACAUGGCUUCAGAUUGUAACCAUGGCCUUAGUCUGAGGCCACCCUGAGAAACAGGAGUUGAUAUGGUCCUCCUGCUUGAGACCAAGGAAGCUCUGCUCUUCCUUUGAAGUUUCUAGUCCCAGAUUUUGCCCAGGGCCUGUUGGGAAACUGUGUGCCUCUAGCGAGACGUUUCAUUUGGUUUCUGCAUCAUGCUGGGAUGCGGUGGAGCUGGUCUGGUCUCUUACUGAGUUUCUUUUAACCUCAGUUCUCCCACACUCCUUCAUUCAUGUUCAUUCCUUUGCUCAUAGAAAAGUUCUUGCUUUUAGGGGUCCCUGCUCUUUGUUUAUGUGUGUUAGGACCCCUCUCUUCUAUCCCUCUCUUUCUUCCUUGAUGAAACCCUGGUGAUUCCCUCAGAAGCCUGCACAGGUUCAUGAGUGUUCAUUCAGGUCAGAGACCAGAGCUACAUCUUGCUAUGAGGGCAUGCCAUGAGGAUUUUGUUGUUGCCUCGCUCUGCCCUCCUGUCUCCUUUCCCCAUCUCUCUCUCUUCCCCUGGAACCCUCAGUUCACAGCUGGUGCAUCUUGAGUCAUGUUGUAGCCUGGCAUGAUAGGAAAGAGCAAGAGGUGGCCUCUAAAUUCACACGUGUGUGUAUGUGUACAUGUGCAAGGUAACAGUGCUACCCUCCAGCCUCUGCCUGCUUCCUGUUUACCAGCACUCUCUGCUGUCUCACUGUCAGCAGAUCUGGGAUCUGUCAGGAGAAAUUUUCAGUAAGAGCUGAAUCCCAUGUGGUGCUGUGUCCCAGUGGGGCAGGAGGGGAGCUGUGGGGAUGUGCACCCUGCCAUCACCCGAGCUCUGUGCAGAAGGCCCUGCACCCCUGGAGGUGGCAGCAGCCCCCAGAGGGGGUCCUGUGGGACUGAGCCCUGGGUCAGCGAGCUCUGACAGGGCCCCGUCGCUGGUACAUGGAGGAGGAAAUGCCCUCCGCUGUGACUGAAAUGUCACUAGCCCAGUGUUCCCAUGAAUAAUCCUGGGUGAGGAAGGAAUGACUUGCAUUUAACAAGAGUUUAAGCAUUCCUUUGCUCCUUCCCAUCUGGGUUGUUACCACAAGCAUUUCUAUGCAUGUUCACAGGGAUUUUUUCUCCUUCAAGUUAAAACUUGAGAACACAGGUGAGUGAUUUGUAUCCUGUCAUACGUCUGUGCUCUGCACGGACUCGACCUCUGUUCUCUGGGUGCAGUGGCAGAGCCAGCCCGUGUGACUCCGGGUGAUCACCCAGCCUCUCACCCGUGCCAUGCAGCGUGUUCACGGGGACUGAGCUGCAUGGGGAGCCUGGCAUCCUCCUCAUCCUUGCCCCGAAGAGCCCAGCUCUGCUCUUCAGUCACCGUGCUGCUUGAAAUCAGUAGUCUGCUGAAGUGAAUGACUUCUGGCCCACAUUUUAACUCGCUUCAUACUGUAUAAGUAAUAUUUGAUGAAGUUACGUGCUCAGUUAUGUGGAUGGGAGGAAGCAGCCCUCAGCGGUGGUAGCAGGCAUCCCCGGCACAAAGGAGGUGGUCUCUGCGCCAGGCCUCAGAGCUCUGCUCUCAGUUUCAGGGCAUUUGGUUUGUGUUCCAUGAGUGGGUUCUUCAGAAGCCACCAAGGCAAUUUGGGCACAGACCAUUUCUAAUUAACGUUAACAAGAACUGACCAACUAAAUCUUCUGGGCAUCUUUGGAAAUAACCUGGAUUGCAAAAGCAUGGUUUGCUUUGAGGAAUAAGGCGAACUUGGCACUAGGCUGAUCUGAAGCCCAGCUGUGCUCUGGAACAGAGCUGAGGAGAUCUGUGGAUUGUUUUCUCAGUAACGUGAACCAAAAAUGGGUUUCAUUUUUAAGUCUAAGGAGUCUGUGGGGUUUGUUUCAUUUCUUUUUAAGCAGACAGCUUUUCAGCCUUCUCUGGAGAUUUGAAAAUCGAGCCCCUGUUCUAGCAGUUACCUUAUUGCUGGUAUUAGAGAUGCUCAGGCUUGAUUUCGCUGGUCCAUUGUUCCAGAUGGCUCUUGCUCUCCUGCUGUGUUCCAGCACUUUCAGCAUAGUUGCAUGAAAGCAAUUAGCAGACAUUAGCUUUGAACCAGGACCACAACAGGGGCAGAAAACAAAGCAUUAAACCAUGAAUUGUCCCAGUGCUUAGCAGAGAGAAUAACAGAAAUGCAGGAAGGCAUGUGAGGCUGCAGGGUUGUUACAAGAUGUAGCUUGGCCCUUCACUGCCACAAAACUCAGCUACCAAAACUAUGGAGGACAGGCGUUUCAGAGCUGAGUCCGACAUCCACCCCACUCCCUGGGCUAUGAAACCCUAACAGAACUAAGCGGUGUUUUAAACACUAAUGCCUAACAUGAAUUGCAUGCCAGACUGCAAGAAAUGUCUGUUUUCGUGUGGUUGCUGCUUUUCAAACUUUCUGGAUUUUUUUUAAUGAUUGUUGGUUGGUUUUGGUUUUAUUUGUUUUUGUUUUUUCAUUUUUUUCAAUCAAAAAAAAAACUCCCCUCAGACUUCUUGUCAAAGGCUGCAAAAAAACAUGUUCAGCCAUUCUUAGAGCUAGGGGUUUCUUCACUGAACAGUAAGAAAUUAUUUCACGCUGUAUUGUUACAGCUGGGCUCAUUUUUCAGUCACUUCUGUAAGUGAUUCUCUGGAUUUGGUUUUAGACACU